AUGCUCCAGUCCCUUGCUAGAAACAGUGUGCGUGGAUUUGCGUUUCUGGCCAGAAUCGCCAAGCCAGCUGCUACUGCCACGGGCCCGGUGACUGAAUAUUUGACCACCGGUGGUUCCACGCAGGCAGUGUGGCCAAAAGGUUUCAGACAGCCCCGCCCACAGACGUGGGAGGAGAGCAGCGAGUCUGCGUUGCUGAAGGCCACGAAAUUCUUCUUUUUGAGCGAGAUUGCUCGUGGUAUGUACAUCUGUAUGGAGAUGUUUUUCAGAAGCCCUUACACGAUCUACUACCCUUUCGAGAAGGGUCCCAUCUCGCCCCGUUUCAGAGGCGAGCACGCCUUGAGACGUUACCCCAGCGGAGAAGAAAGAUGUAUUGCCUGUAAGUUGUGUGAGGCCAUCUGCCCGGCUCAGGCCAUCACCAUUGAGGCCGAGGAGAGAAUCGACGGUUCCAGAAGAACGUAUAAAUACGACAUUGACAUGACCAAGUGUAUUUACUGUGGGUACUGCCAGGAGUCGUGCCCUGUGGACGCUAUUGUCGAGUCGCCAAACGUCGAGUACAGUACCGAGACCAGAGAGGAGUUGUUGUACAACAAGGAGAAGUUGUUGGAGAACGGAGACAAAUGGGAGCAAGAAUUGCAGUAUUGUAUUGAUGCCGAUGCUCCUUACAGAUAA